CUCCUCUCUUCUCUUCUCCUCUCCUCUCAUCUCCUCUCCUCUCCUCCUCUCCUCUCUUCUCCUCUCCUCUCCUCUCCUCUCCUCUCCUCCUCCUCCUCCCUCGUUUUUAUUGCCCUCCCCUGAUGUGGGACAGGGCGUCGUCAUGGCGACGGGGUAAACAGACGAUAACAAGCCCUCAGCGCUGCAGAGCUGCAGAGCUCACUGCAACCCAGCGACCACAGCUGAGGGCCAGAAGAGAGAGAGAGAGACGGAGGUGAAGAAGACGAGACAGGACAGACAGAGGACAGACAGAUAUUUUUUGCCGUUAUGGCGGAGAGCGCGGACAUGGAGCAGCUGCUGACGUCUUUUAAGAAGUUCGCCGUCCACGGAGACACGAAGGCCACGGGGAAGGAGCUGAACGGGAAGAACUGGGCCAAACUGUGCAAAGACUGCAAGAUCAUCGACGGCAAGGGCGUCACCGGCACCGACGUGGACAUCGUCUUCUCCAAAGUCAAACAGAAGACGUCUCGGGUCAUCACCUACGAGGAGUUUCAGAGAGCUCUGGAGGACUUGGCCCCGAAGAGGUUCAAAGGUCAAAGUAAAGAGGAGGCGCUGGAGUCCAUCUUCAAGCUGGUUGAAGGCCGAGAGCCCACCAACGCUGGAGUGACGAAAGUGGCAAAGGCGGCGGCGCUGGACCGCCUGACCGACGCGUCCCGUUACACCGGGUCGCACAAGGGGCGCUUCGACGAGUGCGGCAAGGGCAAAGGUCGGGAGGGCCGCGAGGAGAUCGUGGAGCAGACGGGCUACGUGGGAGCGUACAAGAACGCCGGGACGUACGACCACAAGACGAAGGCCGAGAAGUAGCGAGGAAGUAGUAGCACCGCUUCUCUACAGCACUUAGUCUGGACCAAACCUUGAACUUUGACCCCUCCGUGUGUGUGUGUGUGUGUGUGUGUGUUCAGUCAGAUCAGAACUACAGACUCUAUAAACACGUUGGAUGUUUGUCAGUGAUGAAACCGUCUCAGCAGCGCCGUUUGCUGCGUUUUAUCCUCUCGUCGUACCGACCCUUUGUGACCCCUCGGCGUCCCUUUUUCGGUCGCAGUAAACACGUGAUUAAAUGGGGGUGUGGUUAAACCAGUUUAGAUGAAUUAACGAUUUAUCAGAAUUAUCUCACCACACCGACUCUCUCUUCUUCACCGCCUCCUCCUGGCCAGGCGGCCGUCUGGCUGCUGCUGCACCGAGGAGCCUCACCGCCGCACGCCGCCCACAGACAGCUCACCGGAGGAUGGGUAGACGUGUUGCCGAGGUUACGCCGUUUUGAAAUGCAGUUUCGGGACGUUUUUAGAGGUUCACCGUCCACCAGCACCGGCUGCUCUCUCCUCAGCUCCAGCACCAACACCGCACCGGGCUGCGUUAUUUCUCUAACGGGACUUUUCUCUGGUUUUUCUGUUGAGCUGAAAGUUGUGCUUCCUGUCUUUCCCGUAACCUCCGGUACCGGCUGCUUUCUGUUAAUUUAUCUCCAGCAGGAGGAGACGAUACAGAAGAAAGUCAGUGUGUUGGGUUCAUUCUGUCGGUGGGAUUUCGUGUAAUUUGCUGCGUUUUUAUUUUUUAUUUUGGCAGGUUGCGUCUUCUGUAGAGCCGCCGCUCCCACCAUCACGCGCUGUGCCAGAGGGGACACCACAAUUAUGAUCAUCAUCAUC